AUGUCCGACUCUCUAGCUUUGCCUUCCUUCCUCACGGACAAUUCCGUGGCCGCGGCCUUCAAGGAUGCAUACACCUCGUUCUCCGAGCGCAGGGCCGCCCUCGGCCUUCCCAACCCUGGCACCCUGGAUAACAUCUCCCGGGAGGUGCAGAAGGAUGUUCUGCUGUCCAACUUCAUGUUCACCGGUCUCCGGGCGGACCUGACCAAGGUUUUCGGCAUGUCUCCUCUGUUCCGUGUGUCGCAUGCUUUCUCCAUGGGCGGAUCCGGCAACAUGCCCCCAUACAACUUCUCCGCCAUGUACGGAAGUCCUAAGGUCUUCAUGCAAGGCAACCUCGGAAGCGAUGGAGGUCUCGCUGCUGUCGGCAACUACCGUUGGACCCCCAAGUUUGUCACCAAGACCAACACUCAGAUUAUGCCCGGUGGCCAGGGCUUGAUGCAGCUUGAUAAUGACUACACCGGCGACGAUUUCUCCGCCUCUCUCAAGGCUUUCAACCCUUCUUACUUGGAGGGCGGUCUUACCGGUAUCUUCGUCGGAAGCUAUCUCCAGUCUGUUACUCCCAACCUGGCUCUUGGUUUCGAGGCUAUCUGGCAGCGCCAGGCCAUGAACGCUCGUCCUGAAUCUGCUCUCUCCUACGGUGCCCGCUACAAGACCGCCGACUGGAUUGUCAGUGCUCAGCUGCAGGCUCAGGGUGUCAUCACCGCCUCCUACUGGAAGAAGCUCUCCGAGCGUGUUGAGGCUGGUGUUGACAUGAACCUCCAGUUCGCUCCUAACGCUGCUGCUGCUCUCAUGGGUGGUCCCAGCCGUGACGGCACCACUGCCAUUGGCGCCAAGUACGACUUCCGUGCUUCCACUUUCCGUGCUCAGGUCGACAGCACCGGAAAGGUCAGUUGCCUUCUGGAGAAGCGGAUAGCUAUGCCCAUCGCUCUUACCUUUGCCGGUGAGAUCGAUCAGGCCAAGCAAACGGCCAAGCUCGGUCUUGCUGUUUCCCUUGAGAUCGCGGGCGAGGAACUGAUGGAGCAGCAAGAGAAGAUGAGCCCUGAGGACAUGGUCCCUCCUCCCUUCUAA